GUAAAGAAACUACGUGUGUGACGCAUCGUUUUUAUUACUAUGUCGGUGGGAAAACUGGAACACUUCGACCUUGGCAAGGACGAUUGGAAUUUGUAUGUGGAUCGGUUGGAACAGUAUUUUAUUGUUAACGAUGUGAAACCGGCGAUACGAGUAGCGACACUGAUAACGGUGAUCGGAAGUGACGCGUACGAACUGAUGGUGAAUUUAUGUACACCAGUCAAACCAUCUGCGAAAAGCUAUGAAGAGCUGGUGGAUGUUAUGCGACGCCAUCUUCAACCAAAACCGAGUGUAUUGGCGGAGCGGUUCAAAUUCAGACAAAGAGUGCAACGUCAUAAUGAGUCCGUGGCGGAAUAUGCGGCGGCAUUAAAGAAAUUGACGAAACAUUGCGGUUUUUGUUCGGAAACAUUAUUGGAUAAUUUGAGGGAUCAAUUUGUAUGUGGUAUUAACAGUGACUGUAUCCGUCAAAGAAUGUUUGCGGAGGAUAAUAUAACGUUCGAUUCGGCGUUUAAACUCGCGGUGACAAUGGAAGCUGCAGAGGCGGAUGCAGCCUUGGUAGAAGGUCGUACCAGGAGAUUAGGUGACGGCGUAUCAGAGGCGGAGGAAUCUAUAAACCAGAUUACGUCCAGGAGAAGAAGCACAGGGAAACAUCUACAAAAAUAUAUGAACGUAGGAACGCGAGAACCGGUUUUAAGCAGUGGUACAAGCCUCACAAGCGGAGCGAUAAUUAGCAGGCGGAGCGAUAAUAAUAUGAAUGACUUCGCACGACAAAAGAAGGGAACGACUUUUAAACAAGUGUGUGACGUUUGUGGUGCAAAUCAUCAAGUAAAUCGGUGUAAAUUUAGACUUUAUAUAUGUCGAGUUUGCAACGAACAAGGUCAUUUAAAAAAGGUUUGUCCAGUACUACAAAAACAGGUGUCAUUAAACAUCGUAAAAAAUGAUAGUUCCGUAUGCACAGAAAACGAAGGCUCGGGCAGUGAGGAGUUCCAGAUAUUGUGAAGUGUUUUCGGACGGGCUGGGACGAUUCAAUGGUGGAACGGUUGGUUUUCGGCUGCGACCCGACGCGAAGCCGGUGUUCAUGCGCGCACGACCGCUCGCUUACGCACUUCGCGAGCCUGUGGAGCGGGCGCUGGAUCAGCUGGUACGGGAUGGAGUGAUCACGCCGGUUACUACAUCUGACUGGGCUACACCGAUCGUACCGGUAAUGAAAAAGGACGGCACAAUACGCGUAUGUGGUGAUUUUAAAUUAACAUUAAAUAAGUGCUUGGAGGUGGAUCGUUUUCCUUUACCGAGAGUCGAGGAUCUGUUAGUUAAAUUACACGGGGGUAUCAAAUUUACUAAGUUAGAUCUGUCUCAGGCCUAUGCACAACUUGAACUUGAUGAAUCAAAAAAAUACACUGUAAUAAACACUCACAAGGGCUUAUUUAGGUAUAAUAGACUGAUUUAUGGUUUGGCUUCGAGUCCAGGUAUUUUUCAAAGAUUGUUAGAACAACUAUUUUCGGAUAUGCCUCGAGUGGGUGUUUUCCUAGAUGAUGUGAUAAUUACCGGGGAGGACGACCAAUCACAUUUAAAAACACUUCACGAGGUAUUUAAUCGAUUACAAAAAUAUGGUUUAAAAAUUAAAAAAGAUAAGUGUACGUUCUUUGCCGACUCUGUUACAUAUUUAGGCUUUGUAAUUAGUAAAGAAGGGGUUCAUACAUGCCCAAAUAAGAUUGAAGCAAUUCAGAAGGUUCGCAUACCGAAUAAUGUAUCCGAAUUGCGCUCAUUUUUAGGAUUAGUUAUGUAUUACGCUAGAUUUGUUCCAAACAUUAGUACAAUUUUAGCACCAUUGUAUAUUUUAUUAAAAAAGGAAAAAAAAUAUGAAUGGAAUACAGAAAGUAAUAUAGCUUUUAAUAAGGUUAAGCAAUUGUUAACAUCUAGUGAAAUUUUAGCACAUUAUUCACCUGACUUACCCUUAAUUCUAACAACUGUCGCUAGUAGUUAUGGAGUAGGGGCUGUAAUUUCACAUAUAACCGCUAAAGGGGAGCGACCUAUAGCUUAUGCGUCUCGGGUACUUAAUGCUGCUGAGAAAUCGUAUGCUCAAAUAGAAAAGGAAGCUUUAGCUAUUAUUUAUGGCAUUAAAAAAUUUCACACGUACUUAUACGGAAGGAAAUUUACGUUACGCACGGAUCAUAAACCGUUGGUAGCUAUUUUCGGUGAUAAACAUGGUAUCCCUACAAUGGCGGCUAGCAGAAUGCAACGGUGGGCCGUUAUUUUAGCUGGUUAUAAUUAUAAUAUUGAAUACGUUCAAAGUAAUAAGAACGCGGCCGAUGCUUUAUCUAGAUUUCCAACGGGAGAAGGGAAACUACAAGUAGAGGAGAAAACUUACGUUAAUUUCAUACAAAAUUUUUUACCUAUAACACGGAAGACAGUAGUAGAACAUCAGAAUAAGGAUAACAUACUUAAGAAAGUAAUUUUAUACUUACAAUCCGGGUGGUCCAAGGCGUGCGACGAUGAAGAUCUUAAGCCAUAUUUUGUACGUCGUAAUGAAUUGUAUUUAGAUGCGGGGUGUAUAAUUUGGGGAUACCGCUUAGUAAUACCUAAAUCAUUAACAUCUGAGUUGCUAAAGGAAAUACACGUUGGUCAUUUAGGUAUAGUAAAGAUGAAGAGCAUUGCACGUAGUUACGUUUGGUGGCCCGGUAUCGACGCCGACAUUGAACGCACUUGUAAUGAGUGUGUUACGUGUGCGAUGGAAAACGCAGCACCAGCGAAA